AGCGUCAUGGCGGCUCCGUGCCCGCUCCCAGCGACCCACGAGCUGUCCACGUUGCAUGCCAAGUUGCAGGGGCUGCUGCGGUUCCUGAGGGAAGCCCUAGCCAUUUCGAAUGCGCAUACGGUGGACUUCUACACGGAGUCCCUCUGGGAGCAACUGGUCGACCUGCCGCCGGAGAGGGUACUGGCGGUGCUGAGGCGCUCGGCGGCCGAGACGGAGGCCCGGCCGUCGGAGGCGCGCCCCCUGGUGGAAGGCGAGAGGGAAGCAGGUAUUACUGAUUUUCCCAAAAUAUUUUGUGAAACUUCCCAGAAGCUGGUGAGUGUGGAAGGCUUUGCUCUGGCUGCAAAAUAUUAUUCUAUACAAAACUUGGGAAUAUGUACUCCUUUUGAACAGUUACUUGUAGCCCUUCGAGGAAAUCAAAAACAGAGAACUGGUGAAAAUGUGAAACCAGAUGAGUUUAUGAAUUUGAAAAAAUCUCACGAAGUUCAGGCAAUGUCAGAGGUGAUCAGCAGUGUUGCUGAGUACUGUGGAAUAAAACAGGUAAUUGACCUGGGUUCUGGAAAAGGCUACCUAAGCUCCUUUUUGUCUUUGAAGUAUGGGUUAAAAGUUUAUGGAAUCGAUUCCUCAAAUACCAAUACUCAUGGAGCUGAGGAGAGAAACAGGAAAUUGAAGAAACAUUGGAAAGUCUAUCAUACUCGGUCAAAAUUAGAUGUCAAUGGACUGGUGUUAAAAAUGGCAAAAGAAAGGAAAGUGCAAGAUGGAAUUAACUGUAAAGCAGAUAUUGAGGGAGAUUGUGACAGCAGUCCCGCGAAUCAAGAAGAGAAGUCUACCUCAGAUUUUUUGCCAGAUUUUUCAGGCUCUGUAAUUUCUAACAUCAGAAAACAAAUGGAAAACCUACAUGUUCAUUCACAUCAAGAAGACAAUUUGUGUUUUGGAAAUGCAUUUUCUCUUAUAGACCUUUUGCCUAUUAAUGCCAUAGAACCUACUUCUUCAUGCCGGAUACCUAAGAGAAAAAUGUCUGAAGCAAAUAAAGAGAGAAGAAAAACAACAUCGAGGUCAAAUGAAUCAAAUAUAUAUUCACCUUUAACAUCGUUUAUCACUGCUGACUCAGACCUAAAUGAUAUUAUUAAAGAUCUGGAGAAUUGUUUGAUGGUAGGUCUACAUACUUGUGGUGAUCUUGCUUCAAAUACUCUGCGAAUAUUUACUUCCAAGUCGGAAAUCAAGGGAGUUUGCAGUGUGGGUUGUUGUUACCACCUCUUAUCUGAAGAAUUUGAAAACCCGCCUAAAGUUCUAGAUAAGGCGUUUAAACAUCAGCAAGUUGCAUAUGUAACUCUGCGAGUGAUUUGGGAAGCAGAAUGUACUCAACAAAAGUGGGGAUUUCCAAUGUCCUGCUAUUUAAAGGAAGAAAGAUGGUGCUGUGGUCGUAAUGCCAGAAUGUCAGCCUGUUUGGCGUUGGAGCGGGUUGCAGUUGGCCGAGGGCUGCCCACCGAAUCACUCUUCUAUCGUGCUGUACUUCAGGAUAUUAUUAAAGAUUGUUAUGGCAUCACCAAAUGUGAUCAGCAUGUUGGUAAAAUUUAUUCCAAAUCCUCUUCCUUUCUGGAUUAUGUCAGAAAGUCUCUAAAGAAGCUUGGAUUAGAUGAAUCCAAGCUGCCAGAAAAAAUUAUAAUGGACUACUAUGAGAAGUAUAAGCCUAGAAUGAAUGAGCUGGAAGCUUUUAAUAUGUUGAAAGUUGUUCUGGCUCCUUGUAUAGAGACACUGAUUCUUCUGGAUCGACUUUGCUACCUGAAAGAGCAGGAAGAUAUUGCAUGGUCUGCGCUUGUAAAGUUGUUUGAUCCUGUGAAAUCUCCCAGAUGUUACGCUGUUAUUGCUCUGAAGAAGCAGCAAUGAUAAUUGAAGCAAGGUAUCAGAUGCGUCUGUUUGUAGAACCUAUUGCUUAUUUGGCUUUUCUUAUAUCGUGUUAUGUGAAUAUUUGAAAAACAUUGCUGUAUAUGUUUUAAAUAAACAGCAAAAUAAUCACUAACCACAGAAU